UCUGUGAUAUUCAUAUUUAUUUAACUUUUCAGGUCAGCAGAACACAGCACAACCUUGUUAAGAGCAUGAAGCAGUCUGGUGAUGGCAUUAAGACCAAACAUCUUACUCGUGUAAUUGGUAAUCUUGAUAAAUUCCAUGUAAAACCAUAUGGAACAUUAAUAGACGAUGAACAGAGGAGACUGCGUGAACAUUGGUUGAAGAUAUCCUGCAAUGAUCUACCUGCAGCUUUUGAGGUCCUUAAGGGCAGGAAGGUGACAACAGAGAAACUGAGAAAUUUACUUGGUCUUGAGCUACUCGAAAAGAAUGUAUCUAUCGUGAGAAAGGCAGACCAGUUAGCAGGUAUUACAAAAGAGCUUGGUCAACAUGGUUCCUGCGAAAACAACGGCAGCACUGAUUUGCGGAAUGCUCUGGUAGAACACUCAUCUCAAGAUGUGUUGCUUUGUGGGAAUGAUCAUUGCCUAUCGCGUCAAGAUUGUGAUGAUGAAACCAUGCAUAUUGAAACAUCUGCUGACCAUCAUGAUAGUCUAUACGUGAAAAAUCGAGAUCUUACGGUAGACAACGGCACAUACACAAGUAGUCAGAGUGGGGAGAGCUCUGAUUUGCAAGAUCAAGAUCACAAGGAUAUCAGCUGUGCAGAUAGAAGCAUUUCAUUCUGUGCCAGCAACCUAGUGGAGCAGAAUGAAGAUCUCAUGGACAUGAAAUUCAGUAAUGAUUGUUCCAAUGUUCAAGAUGAAGAUUUCAAAGAAAUCAGCUAUACGGAUGCAACUAUUAUUGAUCAUAGCCCAGAGAGCCAGCAGAUCAAGACUACCUGUUAUACAGGCUCACCCAUAGACACUCUUGAGAGAUCAAAUAUGCUAGCUCAAAAUCUUGAGGGCAUUACUUAUACAGGGCCAUCAAUUUGUUCUCAUAAGCAAUAUCAGGGCCUGAGAAGCAACAGCUACAAAAUUAUGAUAGAUAAAGGCCAUGGUGUAAAUGAUAUUCCUUUAGUAAACAGUUAUCCAGAGAUUAAUGCUGUAACUAUGGAUCUGAAAGAGGUUGAGAAUACUACAGUGAUACCAUCAAACAGUUCCGCACUGUUUUCUGAGACUUCAGUGGAACAAAUUCCUGUGGAAGAACAUCAUCUAAAUGAUCAAGCAGCAAAAGGAGGUAAAGAUGUAUGGGAGUUGCCUGGACCUGAUGAUUCCUAUUAUCUUCCACAUGAGAAUAAUAGCAUUUAUAAUGGUUCAGCUGGCUUGCAGAUUGGAGAUAGACGUCUACCUGCUGGACAGCAGAGUUCUGUAAUUUGCAUGGAGAAUGGUAUUUUAAGUCAGCAGCAGUCACAAGUCACCAUUGCGUCUACCUUCCCAAUGGACAAUCCAGCAUCAUUUAUACAACCUUGUUCAAACCGGCAAAGCAAUGGUCAGGUCCAGACGGUAGCAGAUGACAUUGGAAUGCUUCCUUACUCCCUUGAACAUACUGAGUGCAUUGGGCAGUCACCUGGUUUACAUUCUUUGGUCAACAGCCGAUUCUCUCAGUCGAAUCAAUUUCCCAGUUCCUUGCAGGAGCACCGAUUGGUUGAUCAGAGCAACAGUGUCCUUCAUGAUCAACUUCACAAGAAUUUAUAUUCUGAUGUGAGUUUUCAAACUAAAGGAAAUGAUUCUAUCAUUGAACAACGUCCUUUUGCUGCUUGUGGUUCUACAGAUCAAAGAUAUAACUGCAUCCCUCAGGAGCACCGGCCACAUGAUAAUUGGCCUGCAAUAGAGUCAAAUAACUGCUUGCCCCAUACCUUGCCAGUUGGAAGCAGCAACACAGAUGGAAGCCUCUUCAGUGCUUUGGCCCAGUACAGACAACCUGCAUUGCUACAUAUGCAAUCUGGUAGGUCCAGCCCUAGCCAGCUCCUUGAAAUAAGGAACCAAGUUCCUCUGCCUGGAAAUUUUGUUCCUAGAACUCAAGGUACAAAUUUUCAUGUUCCAAAUAUCUAUGGUUACACCCAGAAUCUUCCCAGUAGUUCCAGCAGUCAUGUAGCAUCUGUAGGUUCUCUGAAUAACAUGCAGUGGACAAACUUGAUACAACAGAACCCUGGAAUGCCCAACUUAAUGACCAGGCAAUUCCGGGGUCCCUGGACCAGAUAACUCCUCAGACUUAAAUAUAGGUUGAUUUAGGUACAAUCGAGGUGCACAAGAAGCCUGGGUAGGGGGCUGGAACAGUAUGAUUUUCGGCACCAACUAACAUAUUGUGGUUUUGAGCUGUUCUAGUGGUGUGGCCUCGGAAAUUCUGUACAUACAUUUCUUCUAUGCCUGUAUGUAUAUAUCUGGGCGCUGGGAGUCUGAAAAGAGUCAGAAACUCGAAGAUUCCCAUUUUUGCAGCUGAUCCGUUGUUUUGCCUCAACAAUUUCCGUCCCAGAUUCCAUUAGAGGCUGUCUCAAUAAUUGGCUUCAGGGUUUUGCCUCAGCAAAAUAAAUCUCCAAGGGGAAUGGUAGUAGUUUUCGUUAGUUGUAAACUUGUGAUUGAUAGGUAUCUUGUUGAUUCCUAAGAUGUAAUGACAUGAUUCGAUUUUAUUCACUCUAUUUUAAACGAGUUCUCUAACUU